AUGCGACCAAAAGAAGAUCCCUUCUUGCUGGCGCAUCCUUGUACCCCCAGCUCUACAAGUCGGGGAGAGUUGGCCGAUCUGAGUGGCCACAUCAUUCAUGGCCAUAGUGGGCCGCGAUUUCAACGGCAAAUCACGUCGCGGGAUGCGAACACGUCUGCGCUGUUACUGCAUCCUGCCUCGGAGAUUGCUGGUGGCGCCUUGGGGUUUCAGUGGGUAUGCACAGUAAAGAGUCCCACACGAGUCCAGUCCAUCACAAGGCAGUCAUUCUAA